UAUUCACACGACACACCUGUGCACGAGUAAACUGGAGUAACUGGGUAUUCUAACCUCAAUCCGAUCCGACGUAAUUUCAAAGAGGUUAUAUACAAAAUUGAGCAGAAUGUUGAAGAAUAUAAAUGAUUCUCGUGAGCAACAAUUGGAGGAACUGAAGAGCUUCACCGAUACGGUUAACGAGGAAAUUGCUAACAUCGUUGGAACUUUAGGCUGGACGAUGGAGAGCGUGAUAAAUGUGGACAAGGAGUAUCUCACAUGCCCGUACGAUCCGUCCCAUCGGUUAACCGAAGCCUCUCUCAAUGACCACCUUGCCUCUUGUCAAUGGAAAGCUGAAGGAUACGGAAAGUUAGAUGUCCCGUUAUCAGAGCCAACUUUACCGGAGGAUUCACCAUUUUGCAUAAAGUUUGAUGAGCAACUGCAAGAACAAAUUCUCAAGAAGGCUAAAGAACAAAAUCCAGCGAUGCGCACCGGUAUGGGUGAGCGGUUAGUACCGCGUACAUCUGAUAGGAUUGUCAUAGAUUUCACCAGCGACGAGAGGAAAGCGCUGUAUGACUAUGUUAUUGCUAAUACCUCGAAGCCAGACAUCGGAGACGACAUUGCAAACAUUAAUAAUCUGGAGCCACAACAAAAAGAAGAUAAAGAAUUGUCAUUUUUGGAGUUGUUAAUACAAGAGCGUAACUUGAAAAGGCGUAGAGCAAAGCAUAAAGGCGUUCAUACAAAUAAAAAAUCUCACGUUGAAAUUCUCAGAGAAGUGAUUAAUCAACAAAUGGAAAUAUAUGUGGAUUAUAUCUCCGGACAAAGUAAUUCUGAACGUGCAACAGAUGUUCGGAAUACCAAAACAGACGAUUUCGAUCAUGAACAGAUACAAGACAGAACAGAACGUUUGUAUAAAGUAUUUCAUACUUCUUCCCGCAACUAUGACGAUUAUAAUUUUGAAAAAAACGAUCAUCAUUAUCAUAAGAAGAAAAGAGAUAGUCAAAGAAGGGAGCGUUCAGAAGAAAGAAAUCAUCGAUCAAGAGAUCGAGAUAAGCAGAUGAGAUAUUCAGAUGAAAUGGAGAGAAAGCACAGACGUGAAUAUCGAAAGUCUUCGCAUUCGAGGGAACGGAAGUCACAUAAAAAAGACAAACAUCGAAACAAAGACAAACACAAAGAUAAAUACCACGAAAAGAAACAUAAAUCUCGAGAUCGCAAUAAAUCAUCAGAAAGACAUUCGAAACAUAGUGAUCAUAAACGAAAAGACAAAAGUAAAGAAUACUGACUAACUGUAAACCAAUUAUAAAUAAGAAUAAAAAUAUGUAAAACUGAUAUCCAUUUAAAGAUUUGUGGAUGUGAAAUUAAUAGUCAUAAUUAACGAUAAUACUGAUAUGAUCAUGAUAUAAAAAUCUCUCAUUAGAAUUUGUUUGGUAAAAUGUAUAUAUAUUCUUUCUUAACAUCAAUUAAAUUUAUUUUUUAACUUUACUUAAAAAAA